UUUAAGCGAAGGAUUGGAAAUACGAAUAUCAGUCGCGGAAGUAGUUGUAUGAAGGAUUUAAGGAGAUGCAUCACACCACCAAUGGAAUAAAUCGGAUUUACUCGUGGUUCUAUUACGUGAAUGUUUUGUGCUGCUUUGGAGGAGUGGAAUGUGAUCCGUUGCAACGCCAAAAAAGUGUUAAGUGUCGAUACUCAAUAUGAAUGGUUCAAACGUUGAGCGAUUGAAACUGAACAUAAGCUUCGAAUUAUGCGAAGCUGAUAUCGCCAGCUUCAACGAGCUGACGUUGAAAUUGUGUUUGGAUAUCGAUGAGCGGGACGGAACUACCCAUCACCCCAUAGCGGAUGGGACUUCGACAAUGAUUGAAUAUCCGUCAGAUGGUUCGAUUUUCUUGGAAUGGGGUUACAUUGUUGGCGAUUUCCUUACAUUUUACUACACGCCGGCCUUGGUUGUUAUCGGAUGUAUCGGGAACAUCCUAUCGGUGUUAGUUUUCUUCAAUACGAAGCUGAAGAAGCUAUCUUCCUCGUACUACCUGGCGGCGCUUGGUUUCAGCGACACGUGUUUCCUGCUCGGAUUAUUCGUAACGUGGUUGAGUUUCUUCCAGAUCCAUAUUUACACUCGUGAAGUUUAUUGUCAACUUUUUACCUUCACAAGUGGUCUGAGCAGUUUCCUGUCGGUUUGGUACGUAGUGGCGUUUACAUUCGAACGCUUCAUAGUGGUUCUGUAUCCGUUGAGACGUCAGAGCUGGUGUACGGUUCGCAGAGCCAAACUGGUCAUAGUUAGUCUGACGGUUCUUGGAAUACUACAUAGCGCUCCGUACAUAUUCUUUGCGGGACCACAAUUUUCCGAGAGAAGCAACUCGACCAUUUGUGAUGUACGAGAGGAAUACAAGCCUCAAAUGAUAAUAUUCAAUUAUAUCGACACAGUUAUUGUGUUUCUAGUCCCAUUCACGGUCAUUUUGGUGCUAAACUCCAUCACAAGCUUCACCGUUUGGCGCGUUGCUAACCUAAGGAGAACCAUGACAUUAGUGCGACGGAAGCCGUCGAGUUUCGAAAUUCGGCGGCAACUUAGUAUACAGAGGACCUGCUCCCAUCCGAAUCACCGUAGCAAUGUUCUCAAACACAGACCUGGUAGAAUCAUUAUUAUAGUCGCGAAUUUUUUUUUUUUUGUGUCAUUUUACUCAUUUUUCUUUUUUUUCGCAGCCAUCAGCCGAAUGGUGAACUCUCAGAUGAAGGUCACCAAAAUGCUGUUGAUUGUUUCGUCCGUAUUUGUCUGCCUUAACCUGCCUAGCUAUCUGAUGCGUGUCCGUGCGUUUAUCGAGACAGAACCAUCCAACCUUACGGUACUCAUCCAGUACUAUUGCUAUUUAUUUUUCAUCACCAACUUCGGUAUCAAUUUUAUUCUGUACUGCAUCAGCGGACAAAACUUUCGAAAAGCUGUGAUAGAGAUGUUUAACCGAACGAGGAGGAAUCAGAUGAAUCAGGAUCACUUCAGUGGUGGAACUCAGACGGAGAUUUUUCGCAGCUCAGGAUCACUGAUGCCGCUGAAGCGCACGAAUACCACCACAUACCGAUCGGCGGUCGCUUCCUGGAACGAGUUUUCGGAUUAUCCAUCAUCUGCGGCUGCUCAUCCAUGACGGAAGAGACCGACUGUGUCAACAAAUCAUCGCCAGCAGCAGCAGCAGGAGCUAUUGCCGUUUCCUUCAAAACCCCAGCAUCCCUCGCGUUCAGAGGAAUACGUGGAAGAGGAACAGAAUUCGGUAUAGCGCCAUCACUGACGUCGUCUUCGUCGUUCAUUUUUCUGUUUCUCUGUUUAUUCUGACAAACAGGACGUUGCGAUGAAUUUUAUUCUUCGUUAAAAAUAAAAACGCCAUAUGAUCAAAAGCAGAAAGCACACGAUGCAAAGAUUGUUUAUGAUGUCUUAUCCGCCAAAAAAAACUUUUUAUGAACUCUUCGCUAUCAGGGGAUAUUUUGAUAUGGCUUUUAUGAGAAAAAUGAGAAACAGAGGAGAAAAAGGACCAAAGCAGCAUGGCUUACCAUUUCACAGAAGGAACUGAUUCGAGGUUGAGUUCACCCACUUUUGGAGUGAUUUUUUUUUUGCUUUCAUUCGGCGAAACAACAUAAAAGUUGACUGUUUAUGUGGUACUUUUUCGGUAGCUUCUGCUUUAAUUAUUUCAUCCAGCGCUGUAUUCUCUUGUUUUUAUGUAGCUGAAGGAUUGUAAAAUAAAAAACAAUAAUUAAGAAAGGUUGCGUUUCAAUUAGUACUUCAAUUUCAGGUUGGAGUUUGUUUCUUUCAAGUUUGACAUGGAAUUGCGUACACAGUCAGACAAAAUG